CAACAUCAACGAAUAAUCGACCUCUGAUCAUCACAACCAGCAUACUCUUUGCGCGGCCACGAUGCCCGACUCCUUCUUUCAGAAGAGUCGCAAGCGCGCGGCGUCUUCCUCCUCCUCUUCUUCAUCAUCCAAGCAAUCGCGCCCACGCCGCGAUGACAAGGCGAGGGGCGGCCCCAAACGCCCGCCACCUCAGCGCUCCGCCCGUGCAUACAACGACGACGACGAUGAUGACGACGAUGGCAGCGACGGCAGCGACUUCUUUGAGGGCGGCAACGACGACACGCGCCAUCGCUACGAGCACGAUGUCUCUUCGGAUGAAGAGCGAGACGCAGCAGAGACGCCCGCAGAAGCUCGCGUGAGGUUGGCAAAAGCCUACAUCGACGGGCUCAAGAAUGAUGAACUCGACGCCGACGACGCAGAUGCCGCCGCAAGUGAUGCGGCCAAUAUUGCCGCACGCUUGCAAAAGGAUGUCAGUGAGCACUCGGGCAAACAGCAUAUCUUCAUCGCUAGCAGACUGAAGCCACCGCCCAAGGACGGCUCGCGGUCGCUGCUGCUGCGUGGGGGCCACCGAGCUUCGUUGACAGCGGCAGUGGCGAGUGGCAAUGGCAAGUGGGUGUACACGGCUGCAAAGGAUGGCAACGUAUUCAGAUGGCGCAUGGAAGAUGGGCGUAUCGACGUGCUGCUACCGAGAGGAGGAGCCCCAUCAAAGCUGGUAGCAAAUGGCAAGAAAGUUGCGGAUGCAGAGAUGCAAGACUCAGACGCAGACGAGGACGAAGAGAAAGCGCCCCCUGCAAGCGCCGUCAAUGGCACGCAUAGCAAUGGCCAGGUAGACGGCGAUGAGGCCGCGUCCGAUGCAGAGAUGAGCUCGGCCAAGUCAAAGUCGAGCGGAGCCAGCCGCCGCAAAGCCAGGAGAAGAGGGGCAGCCCUGCAGUCGCAUCCGGCUCCACCGAGGAGCAAAAGUACCUCUGAACAGCAGCAGCAGCCUCGCUCUCGACUUCACGCCAUCGCCGAAGUGGGUCAGGACGAAGGGCAUCGCGGCGAGAUCUGGUCCCUAGCGCUCAGCAGCGACGGCAAACGUCUUGCGACAGGUGGGCAAGAAAAGCACAUUGGCAUCUGGACCAUCGGCGGGGACGACCCCUCCCCCUCAUCAUCCUCAUCGACCCCUUCGUGGACCCGCGCUCUCACUGGCCAUAAAGAUUCCAUUUCAGGCUUGCGCUUCCGCCACGGGAGCUACGAGCUUUAUACCUCUUCUUUGGAUCGUCAGAUCAAACUCUUCGCUGUCGACCAGCUCUCCUACAUCGAGACCCUCUUCGGCCAUCAGGAGUCCAUCCUCAGCCUGGACGUACUUCGCCAACAAGUGGCAGUAACUGCAGGGGGGCGCGACCGCACCGUUCGAUGGUGGAAGGUGCGGGACGAAUCGCAGCUGGUGUUCAGGGGCGGAGCUCGCAGCAAGUUGCGCGACCUCAUCGAGGGUGGAGAUCUUAGCGAAGAGCAGGUGAAAAAGGCUCGCGGCGAUCGAGGUGGCGCCGUCAUCGAGGGCAGCGUCGAGUGCGUGGCCAUGAUUGACGACUCGCACUUCCUCUCUGGCGGAGACAGUGGCGCCAUCUCCCUAUGGAGCUUGGGCAAGAAGAAGCCAAUCUUCACUCGGGCGGUCACGCAUGGCUUCCAGCCUGCGACGUCGGAACAUGCGCCUCUCACGCCGAGAUGGAUCACUUCGCUCGCUUGCCUGCCGUAUGGCGAUGCGUUUGCCAGCGGUUCGUGGGAUGGGAGCAUCAGGCUAUGGCAGCUAGACAGGCAGCUGCGCAACUUCAAACCCCUCUUCAGCGUCAACGCGCCGGGCUUUGUCAACAGCUUGCAGCUUUUGCAGCCACCAAAGAGCGCGGGACAGUGUGUGAAGCCCGAGCUCUAUCGCUUCAGGGUGAAGGGACAGAAGGAGAAGGACAGCGAGGGAGAGAAGCAGGCAGUGAGCGGGGACGGAGACGAGGAGGCGGCCCCUGCACCAAGCCUUGGACGAAAGGAGUCGGUGCCCCCGAUCCUCAUUGCUGCUCUCGGCUCUGAGCCGCGCAUGGGGCGAUGGAUGAAGGACAAGAGCGUCCAGAGUGCGGGUCUCAUUGUGCCUUUGACAUUUGCGUGACGUGAUCACCUCCAUAACAUUUCAGCAUUGCCAUCUC